AUGGGGUCUUCCAAGAAGAAUGUGACUCUCCAGGAAUAUGAAAAGCACCCGUUCCGGCUGUCGCUCGAGGAACUGACCACCCACUUUGGCGGCCUGAACCUUGAGCACGGUUUAUCCCCGGCCAAGGUCAACGAGCUCAGAAGCAAGUAUGGGGAGAAUAAGCUCCAGGGGGAGGGAUCAGUCCAGUGGUAUACUGUACUCUUCAAGCAGAUUAGCAAUGCCAUGAUUCUGGUCCUCCUGCUCGCUCUAGCCCUCUCAUACGGCGUAUCAGACUAUGUCGAAGGAGGCGUCAUUACCGCCGUCGUCGUGGGCAACGUCUUGAUUGGCUUUUACCAAGAAUUCCAAGCAGAGAAGAAAAUGGACGCUCUGCGGGCCCUUUCUUCUCCCACCGCCACCGUGCUCCGCAAUGGCAAUCUCGAAUCGAUUCCCGCCAUCCAAGUCGUCCCCGGCGAUGUUGUCGUCAUCAAAACGGGAGACACUGUCCCCUGCGACAUUAGAAUCUUUGACAGCAUGAAUCUCGAAUGCGACGAAAAGAUUUUGACUGGAGAAGCUAUUCCCGUUGCCAAAGUCCCCGACGCCGACUUUGCCGACAGCGACGAGCUCUCUACCGGCGUAGGCGACCGCAUCAAUCUUUGCUACUCGUCGUCUACUGUGACCAAGGGCCGCGGCCGCGGCAUAUGCAUCUUCACGGGCAUGCACACGGAAAUUGGCAAGAUUGCCUCGUCGAUGCAGGGCAGCACGCGCAAGCCAAAUCGCAGCAUGUCCCGCAAGAAGCAUGGUAACCUGCAGCCCGUAAAGGGCGCUGGCCUGCGGGUUUGGGAUGCGAUAGGAAAGUUUCUGGGCCUGACAGGGGGCACGCCGCUGCAGAUCAAGUUGUCAAAGCUGGCGUAUGCACUCUUUGGGUGUGCACUUCUCUUGGCCAUUAUCGUGUUUGCGGUGCACAAAUUUGAUGUUACGAGUGAGGUUGCCAUUUACGCCAUCUCCACAGGAAUUGCCAUCAUCCCCGAAUCCCUCAUCGCCGUCCUGACAAUCACUUUUGUGACUGGCAUGGCUGCAAUGAGACGCCGCCAGGUUCUGACCCGCAAGCUGUCCGCCCUCGAAGCCCUCGGCGGCAUAACCAACAUUUGUUCCGACAAGACGGGCACAUUGACCCAAGGCCUCAUGACGGUCCGCAAGGCUUGGAUUCCGGGCAUUGGCAUUUACACUGUUUCUAAUUCCGAGGAUCCAUCAAACCCCAAGCAAGGCCAAAUCACCGUCGGCCCAGCCAAGACAAGAGCCGAAAUGGACGCCGACAAGGAAGCGCGCCAAAGGCAUUUCGACACGCAGCGUAGUGGGGCAGCUCUCAAGUUUGACCUGCCGCCCAUGGAAAAGGAAGCACCCACGCCCGACGACUACCAGGAGAAGCUCGCCGCUGAAACGCGCGAGUAUGACGGCAUGGUUCCCGAGCUCGAAGCUCUCCUCCAUACAGCCGCGCUCUGCAACCUCGCUACCGUACGCUUGAACGAGCAGGAGGGAAAGUGGCAAACCACUGGCGACCCUACAGAGGUCGCCCUUCAAGUCUUUGCUCACCGCUUUGACAAGGGCAAGAAGAUGCUAGAAAGAGAAGAAGGCUGGAAGCAAAUCUCCGAAUACCCCUUUGACUCCACCGUCAAGCGCAUGUCCGUUGUUUACCGCGCGCCGCAGACCGAAAAAGUUACAGUUCUCACCAAAGGCGCUGUAGAGCGCAUUCUCGAUCUAUGCGACAAUGUUGGCGCCGGUAGCGAUAAGAAGCAAAUGACUGAUGCUGUCAAGGAGAGCAUCUACGAGCAAAUGAGCCUUCUCGCCGACCAAGGUCUCCGCGUUCUUGCGCUUGCCUCCAAGACGUGGGAGGGCGAGUUUACACCAGGCAUGGAUAUCCCACGCGAUCAAAUCGAGUGCAAUCUUACGCUGCUCGGCCUCUGCGGUCUGUACGAUCCACCCCGACUGGAAACUAAGGACGCUGUACGAGAAUGCACAAACGCGGGCAUCAAAGUGCACAUGCUCACCGGCGACCACCCCGGCACCGCAACCGCCAUUGGCAAAGAAGUCGGCAUCAUCCCGCGCGACUUCAGCACGCUCUCCAAGGAAGUCGCGGACUCGCUCGUCAAAACCGCCGCAGAGUUUGAUGCCAUGACCGAUGCGCAGAUUGAUGCCAUGCCAGAGCUUCCUCUGGUGAUUGCGCGCUGUGCGCCGAAUACAAAGACGCGCAUGAUUGCCGCGCUUCACCGGCGCAAGGCUUAUGCGGCCAUGACGGGGGAUGGCGUCAACGAUGGCCCGUCGCUGCAGGCUUCUGAUGUGGGUAUCGCCAUGGGUAUGGCGGGGUCUGAUGUGGCCAAGGGGGCGUCGGAUAUUGUGUUGACGGAUGAUAAUUUUGCCUCCAUCGUCAAUGCAAUUGAAGAGGGCCGGAGGAUGUUUGACAAUAUCCAAAAGUUUGUUCUGCAUCUACUCACCAGCAACGUUGGCGAAGUAGUCCUCCUCGUCCUUGGCCUCGCUUUCCGCGACAACGCCGGCUACUCCGUCUUUCCGCUCUCGCCCCUUCAGAUUCUGUGGAUCAACAUGCUAACAUCCGGCCCUCCCGCCUUCGGCCUCGGCCUCGAAAAGGCCGUCUACAACAUCAUGCAGCGCCCGCCGCACAACACCAAAAAGGGCGUCUUCAGCUGGCAAAUCAUCGCCGACAUGACCGUCUACGGCAUGCUGAUGGGGAUCCUGACGCUGCUGACCUUCGUCGUCGUCGUCUACGGCGUCGGCAACGGCAACCUCGGCCACGAAUGCAACCGCACGCACAGCCCCGACUGCGACCUGGUGUUCCGCGCCCGCGCCGCCGUCUUCGCCGAGCUCACCUGGCUGAUCCUCGUCUCCGCCUGGGAGAUCAAGAGCAUCAGACGCAGCCUGUUCCGCCUGGACCCGCACUCCACCUCGCGCUUCCCGCUGUUCAAGGAUCUGUACGCCAACAAGUUCCUCUUCUACGCCGUGGCUAUCGGCGCCCUCAUCGUGUUUCCCUGCGUCUACAUCCCGGGCUUCAACACUACCGUGUUCAAGCAGAAGCCCAUCACCUGGGAGUGGGCGCUGUCCGUGGGCGCUGUCGUCGUCUUCGUGGCCGGCAUGGAGGCGUGGAAGUUUUGCAAGAGGCGGUUUGGCUGGUUUGCCGACGACGAGCGCGAUCCGAAUCCGAGUGGUGCGAAGAGGGCUGGCCUGGAUCUCAGGCAGGGCUUCUUUUCGUUUGCGCGCACGCUGUCGAGGACGACGAGCUUUGGGAAGCCGGGCACGAGGGCGAGUGAGGCGAGCGGGGGCGGUGAUGGUGCGGUGUAG